UAUGUUCUAUGGUAUAUUUUAAACAUGGCGAAUAAUAUUUUUAAUAGGUUACUCCAAGCAUUUAAAACAUUUGAUCAAAUAAUUAAUAUUAUUUUAGGACACAAUUUUCCAAGUAAUUUAUAUGUGAUUGAAUGUAAUUCUGUAAAACAAAUACAAUCUAUUAAUUUUCCUGGACAAUCUUUAAAAGAUAUAUUAAAUAAUACAAUUUUAUGGGCUGUACCUAAGAAACGACGAACUAUCGAGAAGCGUCUUAGUCGAAGAUUUGGUAUUCCUGAAUUACAUUGGAAACCCCAUGUUCCUAAAACUAAUAUUUUAAUGUGUAGAAAAUGUGGUCAUGAUUAUGAAGCUGGUACACUUUGUGGAUAUUGUUAUGAAAUAGUUAAAAAAGAAACAGAAAUAAUGCAACAAGCUAUACAAGAUUCGUUAGGAUUAAAACCUGUGGAACAAGAUGUUAUAGUAUUAUAUGAAGGAGAAAAAGAACAAUAUGAAGAUAAUUUUUGGAAGAAACAAAGGAUUAUAGAAUUACGUAAGAAAAGACCUGAUUGGUUUAAUCCAAAUCUACUUCAACCAACAACAAAAGAAGAAUUUGAUUCAGAGAAAGAAAAAAAACUUGAAUCUUCUUUGAAUUUUGAAAAAAAUAUUAAGAAUAAUUAAAUAGUUAUUUUAUAUUAAUAAACUCUGUUUAAAUUAAAUAAAUUUAAAUAAUAUAAAAAAGAA